AUGUCUCUGGAAAGAUUGAAACAAUCUCGAGCUAGUACUAAAAAAAAUAUAACACGUAUUAAGAAUAUUGUCAACGAUAGUUUGAAACCAGGGGGACAGGCGCUGUCGCCAGCGGAGUACAAGUGUCGACUUGGGAUUCUCGAAUCCUACUUUAAGCAAAUACUGUCGAUACAAUCAGAAAUUGAAGAAUUAGAUCCAGAAGACAACGCCCGCGGGGAUUUAGAAGAUCUCUAUGUAACGACGAAAUUGAUUAUUCAGACGCAAUUGGGGGAGGACCAUAACGCAACACUUUUAGAUUCCACUUGCAUAGUGCAAGCGAGCUCAAAAUUGCCGCAGUUGAAAUUACCCUCUUUUUCUGGAAAGUAUUCCGAAUACAGGAAUUUCAUCACGUCGUUCAAGCAAAUUAUUGAUCGCGAACUAAGUCUUUCCAACAUUGAGAAAUUCAACCACUUGCGCAAUUGCUUACAUGGCCAAGCUUUGGAAGCAGUUAAUGCGUUUCAAGUCACGAAUGAAAAUUAUUCUAAAGCGUUGGAAAGACUUAGAGCUCGUUUCGACAAUCCAACACUUAUUUUUUUGGAAAACAUCUCGUCGUUGUUCGAGCUUCCUUCGGUUUCAAAACCCAAUUGUGUUGAAUUACGAAGUCUCAUUGACAACGCCUCUGCAAUUUUCGAUUCUUUACGUUCCUUGGGUACCGAAGGUGAAAUUGCCCAAGCCAUGCUAAUAUAUUUGGUUAUACAUAAGGCUGACGAUGACACAAAAAAGAAAUGGAAACAAUCAUUGGACUUUAAAAGGUUAUCUUCUUGGGAAAACUGCACCGAUGUUCUGGAAAGACAUUGCCAAUACCUCGAGUCACUUACUGGCAAUAGCGCUUCCGCUCCGCUAACUCCGACAAAUAGUAAGGGCUCGAGAGGACACAAACAACAGAAGAGUCAUACAUUUGCGCUUUCUAAUUCGCCAUGCGCGAGGCCAUCAGUUGUCAAAAUUUGGUCGCGACAACAUCACAGCCUACUUCACCGUGCUACAUCGAGUUCGCCAGAAUCUUCCAACUCUUUGAAUCAGUCACCUCAACCGCUAUCAACACCAGGUUUGUCUGCGACCUCAAGUCGUGCUACCACUCACACUCACUUAAAACACUCUUCGUUCGAUCAAGUAAUUCUGGCUACUGCCAUUGUCCUAGUUCGUGACGCUUCAGGCACCUAUAGACAGGGCAGAGCAUUGCUGGACUCUUGUUCACAAGCUAAUUUCAUUACCGAUGAAUUUUCCCAAAGGCUUUUGCUACCCAGAAGCAAACACAAUAUUGAAAUCUGCAGUAUUGGGCAGACAUUAACCAACAUCAACUACAAAACUACUACAUGUAUCAAAUCCCGAACAACCGGUGUCGAAUUGCCUCUAGCAUUUUGCGUGACAUCAAACAUUGCUUACGAAUCGGGAUUGGAGAUCGAUAUUUCAGCUUGGAAUAUACCAUCAAAUAUAGAACUUGCUGAUGAACAGUUUUAUAAGUCCACACGAAUUGAUCUUCUUCUAGGCACCGAAACCUUUUUCAGUUUAUUAUCGGUCGGCCAGAUUAAGCUUGGCGAUAAUUUACCAGUUUUGCAAAAGACGUUGUUGGGAUGGGUUGUCUCAGGUCGCUACCAGUCAAAUAGCAACAACAUUAGAUCAUUAUGUAUGGUAGCUUGUAAUGAUGAACUAGAUAAAAAACUGGAACAACUCUGGAGGCUCGAGGAAGUCACGUCCGUUGGAGACAUGUGGACUCGUGAGGAACACAGUUGUGAACGCCUGUACACGAACACGGUUUCACGAAGCCAGACCGGAAGAAUAAUUGUCAAACUUCCAUUUAAAGAUGACCCCUGUUGCUUGGGUGCUUCGUAUACGACUGCUCUGCGUCGUUUUAUGUCACAAGAGCGCCGCUUGUGGCAGUCUUCAGAACUCGGAAAACAGUACGCUGCCUUUAUGGAGGAAUACGAAAACUUGGGACAUAUGAGUAUUGUUGAGGAGCCAAAUCUUAAUGAACCUCACUACUUUAUACCACAUCACUGCGUCUUAAAGCCAUCAAGCACUUCGACGAAAUUGAGGGUUGUCUUUGACGCGUCCUGCCGCACCACUUCGCAAAGAUCACUCAACGAUAUACAAAUGAUCGGGCCAACACUACAAAGAGA